GUGUGUGUCUGUGAUGGUAUGAGCGCGCGGAGCAAAUUUAAAGACCCGCGAGCAACGGCCGAACAGCCCAACGGACUUCCUGACCCUUCUCCCUUAACAUCCCGGGUGACAACAAGCGGCGUCCUGCCUUCACCCACUCGAGUCAAGUCACCCAGCUCGCCGCUUGGGGGGGGGGAUUUCAGUUAAUGGAUAAUGAGUGUCCCUGACUAUAUGCAAUGUGCUGAGGACCACCAGAGUCUUUUGGUCAUUGUCCAGCCAGUGGGAAUUGUGCCCGAAGAGCAAUUUUUCAAGAUCUACAAAAGAAUUACUGCUGCUAGUCAGAUCAAUCUUCGGGAUUCUCAACGAGUGCUGUACAUCCGGUAUAGACACCAUUACCCACCUGAAAACAAUGAAUGGGGAGACUUUCAGACACAUCGAAAAGUUGUAGGAUUGAUCGCCAUUACGCAGUGUUAUGAUGCAAAGGAAUGGCCACAAACAGCAGAGAAAUUCCAUGAUCAGAAAGAAAUUUAUGGUUCUACACUUUAUGAUUCUCGUUUAUUUGUGUUUGGGCUGGAGGGAGAAAUAGCUGAGCAACCUCGGACUGAUGUUGCGUUUUAUCCUACUUAUGAUGAGUGUGAAACCAUAGAGAAAAAAGUGGAAGACUUCAUUGAAUCGCUGUUCAUUGUUUUGGAAUCAAAACGACUUGAUCGAGCAACAGAUAAGUCUGGAGACAAGAUACCAUUACUGUGUGUGCCAUUUGAGAAGAAAGAUUUUGUAGGCCUAGAUACGGACAGCAGACAUUAUAAGAAGCGUUGCCAGGGCAGAAUGCGGAAACACGUUGGUGAUCUUUGCUUGCAAGCGGGCAUGCUACAAGAUGCUCUUGUACACUAUCACAUGGCUGUUGAACUUCUUCGAUCUGUGAAUGACUUCCUGUGGUUGGGAGCUGCUCUGGAGGGUUUGUGCUCAUCUUCGGUUAUCUAUCAUUAUCCAAAUGGCACUGGGUCAAAACCUACUGUCCGCAGAGCUUAUAACAUGUCUUUACCACCUGAGGCUGGGAAGCGACAUCGACAAGGGGCACAGGAGGUUCUCAUUGAUCCAGGUGCAUUAACAACAAAUGGCAUCAGUGCAGACACAAGUACUGAAAUCGGAAGAGCAAAGAACUGUUUGAGUCCUGAGGAUAUAAUUGAAAGAUACAAGGAAGCCAUCUCCUAUUAUGGGAAGUACAAAAGUGCUGGUGUGAUCGAAUUGGAAGCGUGUGUGAAGGCAGUCAGGGUGCUAGCUAUUCAGAAGCGAAGCAUGGAAGCAUCAGAGUUCCUUCAAAAUGCUGUAUACAUCAAUCUUGGCCAGUUGUCUGAAGAAGAGAAAAUUCAGCGAUACAGCAUCCUUUCUGAGCUAUAUGAUCUGAUAGGUUUCCACCGUAAAGCAUCUUUUUUCAAGCGUGUAGCUGCUAUGCAGUGUGUGGCACCAUCAAUAGCUGAACCUGGAUGGAGGGCUUGCUAUAAACUGCUAUUGGAAACCCUACAUGGAUAUAGUCUAUCACUGAAUCCCGAAGACUUCAGUAAAGGAACUCAUAAGGGCUGGCCAGCAGUACAAAUGCGCUUGCUUCAUGAACUUGUUUAUGCUUCAAGACGUAUGGGAAAUCCUGCUCUGGCUGUCCGUCACCUGUCUUUUCUCCUUCAAACUAUGCUUGAUUUCCUCUCAGAUCAAGAGAAGAAAGAGGUUUCUCAAAGUUUAGAAAACUUCACAGCAAAGUGUCCUGGUACAAUGGAGAUUGUCGAACUUCCUGAUGGUGUGAAACUGCCUCCAGUCCCUCUUACCAAGCUUCCAAUCAUCAGAUCUGUAAAACUCUUAAACCUUCCAUCCAACUUGCGUCCACAAAAAGUGAAGAACACACUCAAUCAAAACAUGACCACCAAGAGUCCUUUCAUUUACUCACCAAUCAUUGCCCACCAUCGUGGUGAAGAGAGGAACAAAAAAAUAGAUUUUCAGUGGGUGCAGGGAGAUGUUUGUGAAGUCCAGCUGAUGGUCUAUAAUCCUAUGCCUUUUGAACUAAGAGCAGAAAACAUGGGACUUCUGAUAAGUGGUGUUGAAUUUGAAUCUCUCCCAGCUGCACUCUCUCUUCCUGCUGAAUCAGGGCUGUACCCAGUUACACUUGUUGGGGUUCCUUGUACAACAGGACAGAUCACUGUAAAUGGAAGACCUCGAAUCCUGGUUGUACAGCAUAUGUCUGCACACGUGCUAUUGCCGUCGUCAGGUGAUGAAGUGUCCAGUAGUGUAUCUGUUCAGCUAUUUAAUGGGGAAUUGCAACAGAUGACCAUCAAAUUAGAGAAUAUUGGUUCAGUGCCAUUGGAAACAUUUGAGGUAUCUGCAAAGACCAUCGAUAAUAAAGAAAAACUCUAUGGUGAAUUCCUGAGUUGGAAUUUAGAAGAGACCCUGGCACAAUUUCCACUUGAACCUGGGAAGGUUGCUACCUUCACUGUCAACAUCAAAGUGAAACUGGACUUCUCCUGCCAAGAGAACUUACUCCAAGACUUGAAUGAUGAUGGGCUCAGUAUUGCUGGUUUGGGAUUUUCAAGUCCCUUCCGGCAAAACGGCAAACCUCGGUCAGAGAGCAAAUCUACGCUCUUCAAUUCAGCUGAGACCAACAGUAAAAGUGAAUACAACCACAUAAAGACACUGGAAGCAGUUUUAAGCUUCAAAUACUCUGGGGGACCUGGACAUACAGAAGGAUAUUACAGGAACCUGUCUUUGGGACUUCACGUGGAUGUGGAGCCAUCAGUAUUCUUUACACGUGUCAGCACCCUUCCUGCAACAAGCACCCGGCAAUGCCACCUACUCUUGGAUGUCUACAAUUCAACCGAGCAUGAACUGACCAUUAGUGCGAAGAAUAAUGAAGACCUAAUUCUGCAUGCUGCAGAGUGUCAGCGGAUGGCGAUACAAGUUGACAAAUUCAUCUUUGAAACUCUACCAGAACCAAGCAACAUGGUUGAAAUGCUACAUAUAGAAAACUUAAAACAGCUGGAAGAAGAGAGAAGCCAUGCUCAAGCCAUUGAGAUCAACAACAAGUUAAACAUCCACUGGAAAAUCCCAUCUCUCAACCGUGGAGGAGAAGCCAGUGUGGAAGGAGUUCUCAAUCAACUGGUGCAGGAACACUUGCAGUUAGCUCCUCUGCAGUGGGAUGUGCUGGUAGCUGGUCAGCCCUGUGACUGUGAUGUGGUAGUGGAGUGCCAAACUGGUGACCCAACAUCUCUGGAAGUAAAGCUCACGAACCAGAGCAAAAACACUGUGGGACCAUUUGCCCUCACUGUCCUCCCAUACCAGGACUAUCAAAAUGGGGUCCACAACAAUGAUCUCGGGCAUGUUAUUACUUCAAUUGGAUCCAACACAUUCUAUAUAGAUUCAGUGAAAUCCACUGAAAACUUUGUUUGCCAUGGAGCUCUUCUUUUCUUGUACGCUGGUGAUUACUAUUUGAAUAUAAGGUUUCAUGAUGACAACUCGAAGAGGGAACUGCCCCUCUCUUGGUUUUGCUUGCCAAGUGUUCACAUCCGUGCCAUGGAUCCAGUUCAGCACACAAUGGUUUAACUCAGCUUGGAAAAUAAGGGCUUGUAACUUGGGGUCUAAAUUGUGAGGUAUGCAAAAGCAUUAAUUAAAUAGUGAAUCCCAGAUGUGUUAUAACUGACCUCGUUACUUUGCUCAAUGUCAGCCUCACAGAAUUCAGUGAGAUCAAGUGGAGUCCAGAGGUUUAACCAAUGGACCUUCUGGAUUUGCUAUUUACAAAUCAUCUUGUGAAUCUCACAAUUUACACCCUCCCCCCAUUGGGAGCUAGAGCAUUAGUGAUUAUGCCAUGCAUUGUAAAUAGUGAUUGACCAGUGAAACUUGCCAACCAGGCGCUCCCUGUAAUAGUUCUGGUUUAAAACUACUCUGACGCUGUCUUCAAAAAUCUGCUUCUGAGUUUUCCAUGAAUUUUGCUUGUUCCAAUUAGUGUUUCAAUUUCUGACAGAAUUCUAUUUCUGCAUUUCAAUAAUAUUGCUUCGGUUAUUAUCAAACUUUACUGAAGGGGAGAAGAGACAGAUUGCACUUUUCGUCAGAAUGAAGGCACAGGAUCAAUGGAUCAGGGGACUAUUUACUCUCUUACUGAGAUAUAAUAUAAGUUUACACUUCAUGGCAUGGUUAAGUGAAACCUAAUGUAUAAUGAUGCCUGGAUUUGAUAAAGGUUUAAUGAUUUGGGCUGUGGGAAUGAUGGAAAGCAGGAGAAAGAAUGCCGAGGGAGCAUCAGUGUGGUGAUAAUGAUGGCAUGUAUUCUAUACGAGUCUGACAUGACUGCGCUGUACUGCUCAAACGUAAUGUUCAUUUAUUCUGUAUAUUUCUUUUUAAACUCUUCUGCUUGCUGUUCAUAUGCAUGGACACAUGAUCUAUGUUACAGCUGUACAGUAUCUCCGUCUGUAAGCGGUGGUUGUAUGCCCUAUUCACACUGCAAUGAAGUGACCGCCGUUCCCUCAAGAGGGAAAGGUUACUCCAUGUCCCCAAGAGACAAGUAAAAUCGUUUUCAAUGUCAACAAUAUAAACAGUAAAAAAAAGGUUAAUACAUGUUUCAAACUACCAACCAACCGAAAAAUAUCAUGAAUAUUUUCUCUUCACAAUUAAUUACACUUUGAAUGUCUGGGAUUAUCACCAAGUUUUUGGAAUGAUCAAUAUUACCAAGGUUUUAUCUGUCAUUUAGCUGUAUGUGAGCAGGCCUCUUGCCUCAGUCAUUGUGUUCCAAAGAAAUAUCAGGAACGUCUGUAACUAAUGCCCCAUGUAUACCAAGCCAAUGCUGUUUUGAAGGGUUUGAUUUAUCUUACACAUACCAAAGUCUGUAUCUUUGGAAAUAAAAUUGGCUUGUGUCUUC